AACCGUAGUAAACAUUUAGAAAACUUACCUGAAGAGAUUGUGACUGAACUGAACUGAUUGGUUUCCUUUUGAUACAAAAACUUCCUUGCAUAAUUUUUUAAUUUGUUGUAGAAAUUAAAAAUUUGUGAAUCUAAUCCUGUCCUGCACAUUUCGAUAAAAAUGUUCCAUGAUGAAAUUCAAGAGUAACCAGUGCAGCAACUUGAACUCGAACGCGAGCAACAACAAAAAAGUGCAUUCAUAAAGAAAAUAUUUAAAUAAAUCAAGGUCCUAAAGUGUAUAUAAAAAAAAAUAAAAAUAAAUAAAUAAAAGUGUAAUAAUAAGAAGAAGAAGUAAUAACCGCGAAGAAAUGAAAAGUAUUCAAAAAAAAUAAUAAAGUUUAUUAUUAGAGAAGAGUAGCGAAACCAGUUUUUGGAAGAAGUGAUAAGUUUUGAUCAAGUUUAUGUUUGUCUAUAGAUAGGUAGAAGUCGUCGACUUGUUAAUCAUAAAAAAAGUUGUUAUAAAAAAAAAGAAUUUACCUAGAUGUUGUUGCCCAUAAAGAUAUCACGAUCAAAUUAAAACUCACACACACACCUUUAGCCACGAAAAAAAAAAAUUUUUUUUUAAAAUCAAGGGAAAUGGGAAAUUGCUUGUGCAAGGAUAAAACAGAAGAUGGCUUACAGCAAGACAAUGACACAAGUUCGGAUUGCACGCGACGUCGUCAACCACUCUCCGAGCUAAUAGACUCCCUGGUCAAAGAAACGCUCGACGUAAUCGGCUCCGUGGUUGGCAGUGAGCCCGACGAAGCGCCCAUCAGUAUGCAACACUUGCACGAUCUCACCGAGAAGCCUCACGGAUGGAUUGAACUCAUCAAAUCGCUCGUCAGGACAGUUCCGGUCGAACAUAGCAUGGGUGCCAGUGUGAUAACGUUGCUGAUGGAUGAUUCGCCGCUGCCGAGCAAAGAUGCCGUCAUGGAAGUUGCUGACAUGAUAAACAAGACUGUGAGACGAUCGGUGCGACGAGAGAGGAAUUUGUGCGUCAUUUUGGGAUGUUUAGCGGAAAAACUGGCGGGACCAAGUAGCAUCGCGGUGUUGUCGGAGGCAACGUUGAGCUAUCUACUCGGGAACUUGGACGAAGGCAUCAACCCAGACAUAAUGCUCUUCUCACUAAUUGCUUUGGAGAAAUUUGCACAAACCAGCGAAAACAAAGCCACGAUAAAGCGAAAACUGAACAAUUACCCCGAAAACCCGUUAGUGCGACUCGAACGGUAUUGCGAUCAAAGUGUGAAUGUCGAUUUUGUAAUGCGCCAAGUUGGUUUUUGCGCUCGAUGGUGUCUUGACAACUAUUUCUUGAUCGAAGGACGAAAAUACUCGUACGAAACUGUGGAUGUGACGAACGUGAAUGUGAUGCUGAACACGAAAGACGUCAGCGAAUACCUCAAAAUCUCCCCGGAUGGCCUUGAAGCGCGUUGCGAUGCCUACAGCUUCGAAAGUGUUCGGUGCACUUUUCAGGUCAACGAGGGUUGUUGGUACUACGAAGUGCUGAUUAUCACGCCGGGCGUCAUGCAGAUCGGAUGGGCGACGAAAAAUUCAAACUUUUUGAGUCACGAGGGUUACGGGAUUGGAGACGAUCCGUAUUCGAUCGCUUUUGAUGGGUGUCGACGACUGAUUUGGUACAACGCAAAGUCGCUGCCGCACGAAUUGCCAACGUGGGAAGGCGGAUCGACGCUCGGAUGCCUCAUUGACUUGGAUGCGAAGGAAGUUGUCUUUAGUUUGAACGGAAUUGAGGGCGGCGUGUUGAAACAAGUGUUUGGAAGUGCGAAAGAGGGAUUUUUCGCAGCAGCGAGUUUUAUGUCGUUUCAACAGUGUCGCUUUAAUUUCGGGAACGAGCCAUUUAAGUAUCCGCCGACGCACAGAAAUUUCCGUAGUUUUAACGAUUUUGCAGUAUUAAAACCUCAAGAUAAGAUUGUUCUUCCACGCCAUUUGUUCCUUGAACAACUCCGCAAAUCGAGUGUGCGCGACGACUCGUGCACCCUCUGCUUCGACAUGAAAGCCACCGUUCGACUGGAGCCCUGCAAACAUCGCGGUUUCUGCACAAAAUGCUCAACGCAGUUGCAACAAUGCCCCAUGUGUCGUGCCGAAAUCGAGCAAGCAGUACAAGAAAUUCUCGAUAGUCCGACGUCGAUUACGAAUUCCGUCGAUUCCUUCAGUCAGGACAUGAACUGCAGUAGUGUUAGUGCCACGAGUAGUAAUAAAGAUCAAACAAUUCAACUGAUAGCGUAAAUUCUGACAAAGCAAACCCUUGAGAAUAGACUAAAAAUGACAAAAAAAAUGUUUUUUUGUUGAAACUCUUUUUUCAACGAGAGUCAAGAUAGAUGUGUGAUAAAAAAAAAAAUUAGAAUCAUCACUCGUUGCUUAUACAAAAAUUCACGUAAAAAUUACAUAAAUGUGCUUUAGAUAUGAAAAAAAUACAAUUUGUGUCAAUAUAAAAUGCGUCCAUUGAAAAAAUUUAAUUUUGUCGCAUUAAAAAAAAA